UGAUUACAGUGCAAAGGCAUGAUAAGGCUGCAAAACUAUGGCAGACGAUAAAGUGACGAAUGAUGUUCAGACAAAAUGUUCUCGUGAAAAGUUAUUGUUUUUAUCGUCUGUCAUUCUCGUUUUCGUUAUCGUCAAUACUGUCGUUUUCCUCGCUCUGACAAUUUACCAACUCAGCAACAUUGGUGAAAUAGAACGGAAGUUACUGGGCAAACGUAUAAAUAUCGAGACCUUGCGAGCUUCGUGUCGGAACAAUGAAUAUUCAAAGGAGAAGUUUCUUCAGUUAAUUGACAUAUUGCCGUAUGUUAACCAGAAAUAUUCAGGAUUAGGUGAAAGUCUAAGAAAACGCCAAACAGCGUCCCUAGCAACACUUUUUCAAGACCUUGUACAUGCACAGGAGCAGCUUUUAUUGGAACGUUGUACUCCUGAUACAAUAAUUUGUAUUAAAGGACUAAAAGGAGAACAUGGUUUGCCUGGAGAAAAAGGAGAUAAGGGCCAAAUCGGAAGUAAAGGGAUGUCAGGAUAUAAAGGCUAUGAUGGCGAAAAAGGAAUGCCGGGAGAAAAAGGAGAAAAGGGAAUUAUGGGAGAUAAGGGAGAUAUGGGACAACGAAAUGUGAAUGGGGUAAAAGGAGACAUGGGAAUCGCUGGCGAUAAAGGAGAGGCAGGGAUAGUGGGUAUGAAAGGUGAACCAGGAGUAAAUGGAGUUAAAGGGGCACCUGGCGAUAAAGGUCAGGCUGGUCCUGUAGGAAAACCUGGACUGAAUGGACCCAAAGGUACCAAAGGUGAACCUGGCACGACAGGUGAGAAGGGUGUCAAGGGAGCGAUAGGUGACGCUGGACCACGUGGAAAUUCUGGGAAUAGAACAAAUUGUGACUGUAUGAGUAAACCAAAAUUCUAUGAAAGCAGUAAAACAAUGGCGGUACACUAUGGCGAUAACGUGACGUUGGACUGCUCUACAGCAACACUUCCGGAAGCCACAAUAACAUGGACCAAGACUGACAGCGAUGGGUGCUUCGCCAAUUUUUCUAAGACAUCUGGAGAUAAGAUAGAACUGGAUAGAAUUCAACCUGUUGAUAUCGGGACGUAUCAAUGUUCAGCAGAAAAUGCCUUGGGAACAGCAUUUAAAACUAUCAAACUCACAACUACAGAUAAUCCUGACGUCAUUUCCUGUGACUUUGAGUCCGGUUUUUGUGGUUGGUACCAAAGUAAAUCAGACGACGCAGAUUUCUCCAGAAACACGGGCCACCUCAGGACGCCGACAACAGACCACACCCCUGGAAAAGGAGGAAACGGCUAUUACGUUAACAUAGACAGUGCCUCGAUGACAACUGGUCAAACUAGUCGACUAGAAUCGUUCUAUGUCCCUGCGCACGAGAAACAUUGCCUUACCUUUUGGUACUUUGUUGACGGGGCUUCAGGAGCCAUCCUCCAUGUCAAAGCUAAAGCCUGUAGCAUGGAUGAGGCUACCCUUCUGAAGUUAACAAGUUCAAGAAUGGGUUGGGUGCAGGCAAGAGUCGACAUUCCUGUGGAUAUCCAUGGGCGACAAAUUGUAUUUGAAGCAAAACGAGGCAAUUCCGCUUCUGACGUCGCCAUUGAUGACGUCACUCUCUCCAAUAAAGAAUGUCCUCCUGCUGACAAAAAACCAGAAAUAUUGAACAAAAAUACUACUAUCCAGCGGAAUCUGGGAGAAAGAGUAGAGUUACAAUGCAAUGUUACUGGUCAACCUCGCCCUAACAUCACAUGGCUUAAAGAAAGUGCAUGUAGCAGGUUCGAGAGAAAUGUACAAACUCUGGUUUUGCCAAAUGUGACACAAGCUCAGGCUGGAACUUACAAAUGUGUUGCCACUAACAGUAUAGGACGAGAUGAAGGUCAAGUAAAACUGGUAGUCAAUGAGACACAGAAUUGCACAUUUGACACUACGACGGAGAUAUGUGAUUGGCAGAAUAUAGCAGCUGGAGACGACAGGGAUUGGAUGAGACAAAGCGGAAGUACACCUUCUAGUUCUACAGGGCCUUCAUCUGAUCACACUCUUGGGACCACGUCCGGUUAUUAUAUGUAUCUGGAAGCGUCUAGUCCAGUUCAAGUGAAUGACACUGCAAUUCUACAGUACAAAACACUUCCUUCCGAUCAACCAUUUUGUCUUAACUUCUGGUAUCAUAUGUACGGUUCCACCAUGGGUUCACUGCGAAUAAUGGCAAAGGACUGUGUUACGAAUACCCGAAGAGAGUUAUGGAAAGAAAGUGGAAGCAAAGGUGACGCGUGGAAAAAUGCAUGUCUUCUUGUGGAACAACAUAGUCACGAUUACAACCUCCAGAUCGAGGCUGUGCGUGGUUCGAACUACCAUUCAGAUAUUGGGAUUGAUGAUGUUCAAGUCGAUACCGGAACGUGUGCAUGUCGAAAAAACAUUGAUAUUGCUUGUGACUUUGAGAAGGAUUUGUGUGAAGGUCAGGGUUUUGCUUCCCGACAUGAUUCAACGUAUGUGUUGCAAUGGAAUCGAAUAAAAGGAGUGACACCUUCCGUAGACACAGGGCCGGAUCAUGACCAUACCACAGGCAGUGGAUAUUAUAUUUUUGUGGAGACUUCCGGAGGCCGAGCUGGUUUAAAAGGUUCAUUUCAAUCCCCUGAGUUACCUGCUCGGCAAGAGGCCUGCUUGCACUUUUGGUACAAUAUGAAUGGAGUGGAUAUGGGGAGUCUAGAUGUACUCAUUGAGCCGUCAAAUGGUGGUAGUGCGAACAUUUUGCAUCAAACUGGGAAUCAUGGAGCCAAAUGGAUCGAAGCAAGAAUGACUAUUCCUGUACAAACCCACCCAUACAAAAUUGAUUUUCAACCAACCAGAGGAGCUAGUUUUCAUGGUGAUGUGGCACUAGAUGACAUUUCUAUUAAAGAUGGGCCCUGUAGCUAAUAAAAAGUACAUAAGAAAAAACUA